GAACGAUAUUGAAGAGUCGAGCAACCGAAACUGUUUGUUUUUGUUUAUUUUAAGCAUAAUCUGUAUUUGUUACGUGUUAUAUAUAUCUUGGACCUAGAUUGUAUUAACAGUAUUAACAGAUACAGCACUGUCAAAAGGUCAGACAUCUCCAGUUGGAAUAAAAAAUUGUGUGUUACAAGUUCUUAUAUAACAUUGAGGAUACAGAAACCAUGACAUCUCUAGGACUAAGCAAGAUUUUAUUGGCUCCACGGAGCAUGCUAGUUUGUUGCAGAAGGCUCGUACAUCAGUCCAUUGUGCUGGGCAGUCAGGAUCCACCCCAUCCAGAUCCAGAGCAGCAAUAUGUAGAUCAGAAGAUUCGUAAUGAAGAGGCGGGAGAACUUACAGAAUUGGUACGAGAUUUCUUGGACCCAGCUGUCUUCUAUAAUCAGCUCAAAGCCAAGAAUAUAGACUUCUUUUGUGGUGUUCCAGAUUCUUUGUUAAAAGAUUUUUGUGCCUACGUCACAGAUAAUGCUCCAGCCAGUAACCAUGUGAUAACAGCAAACGAAGGAAACUCCGUAGCUCUAGCCAGUGGUUACCAUCUAGCUACAGGAAAAUCUGCCUUAGUUUACCUGCAGAACUCAGGACUAGGUAACACAGUAAACCCUCUAAUGUCUUUGGCAGUACCGGCUGUAUAUAGUAUACCCAUGUUGUUACUGAUUGGUUGGCGUGGGGAACCAGGCAAGCGUGAUGAACCUCAGCAUCGUUCUCAAGGGCAGGCAACACCAGGAUUACUUGCUGCUCUUGGAAUCCCUUUCCAGCCUCUUCCUGAUUACGAAGAAGGGGCCGAGCUUGCCCUCCAAAGUGCCAGACACUACAUGGAUCUCUCAAAGGGCCCGUAUGCUCUUCUUGUGAAAAGGCAAAUUUUUUCCCCGUACAAGUUACCCAAAGUUGUGGCAGAUUUUCCAUUGAUGAGGGAAGAUGCAAUGAAAUUGGUUGUGGAUAAUUUAGGACAGAAAGAUAUUGUUAUUGGAACUACUGGAAUGUUGUCAAGGGAGUUGUAUGAAUACAGAAUGGCACGAGAAGACGGACAUGAAAGAGAUUUUCUUACUGUAGGCUCCAUGGGUCAUGCAUCAUCAAUAGCUCUUGGUAUAGCAAUGCAGAAACAAAAGCGACAGGUUUUCUGCCUGGAUGGAGAUGGUUCUGUAAUUAUGCACAUGGGAGCCAUGGCAACCGUAGGUCAACAUGCACCCGGUAACUUUAAACACAUCAUUGUAAAUAACGGCGCCCAUGACUCAGUUGGAGGUCAGCCAACAGAUGCCGGGAACCAUGCAGGAUUUGACUUUGGGUCCAUUGCAAAGGGCUGCGGUUACAGGGAUUAUCUGCUAGCUAUUAACCCAGAAGACGUGGCUGCAGCAGUUGUGAAGAUGAGAACCAUGGAAGGACCGGUUCUACUUGAAAUCAAGACCAAAAUAGGGGCCAGACACGAUCUUGGGAGACCAAAGACGAAACCACUAGAGAACAAAGAGGACUUCAUGCACUUCCUAGCAUUGUCAAAAUAAAACAUGAAAUUAAAUCAUGGAAAAAUUCAGAUAGAACUAUCCGAAUAGUAUUAGAACAUAAAUCAACAGCAGUUUCAGAAAGAACUUACCAGAUAGAAAUAUAGAUGCUAAUUAUGGAAAAAAGAUUAAAAGAUCUAGCCUUAUUGUAAUAAGUUGUUCAUGAAAAACUAGUUUGUUAGAAAUCAAUCUUUAAUCAUGGAAAAAAAAUCAAAAGAAAUUUUAAUUUCUAAUGUUGGGUUUUUGAAUUGUGAUCCUGUCCCCAAGUUUCAAUCUUGAAUUCUUUUAUGGUACAGUAGUUUGGGUAACUUUCUGUGUUUGUUAUCACGGUUGUCAGUAUAAUAUUUUGGGAAAAAUCAAGAGAAACUCAUAAUCAUUGUGAAAAUUGUUGGAAACUCACCACUUUUUUUUUUUAGCUCACCAGAGCACAAGGUGCUCAAGGUGAGCUAUUGUGACCAGUCAUUGUCCGGUGUGCUUCAUCCGUCAACAUUUGUCUUGUGAACACUCUAUAGAGGCCACAUGAUUUGUGACCCAAUCUUUAUGAAACUUGGUCAGAAUGUUAGUCUUGAUGAUCUCUAGGUCAAGUUCGAAACUGGAUCAUAUGGAUUCAAAACCUAGGUCAGUAGGCUAUAUCAAAGGAAAAGCUUGUGAACACUUUAUAGGCCACAGUUGUGACCAAUCUUUAUGAAACUUAGUCAGAAUUUUUGUCUUGAUGAUGUCUAGGUCAAUUUCGAAACUGGGUCAUGUGGGGUCAAAAACUAGGUCAGAAGGCGAGAUCAAAGGAAAAGCAUGUGAACACUCAAGAGGUUGCAGUUAUGACCCAACCUUUAUGAAAUUUGGUCAGAAUGUUUGUCUUGAUGAUCUCUAGGUCAGUUUCGAAACUGGGUCAUGUGGGGUCAAAAACUAGGUCAGUAGGCCAGAUCAGCUCUUGUGAGCGAUAUAGGGCCAUCAUGGCUCUCUUGUUUACAUAAUUUUUUGUGCUUAUUUUUGGUAAGUAUUAUUGUGGGUCCUAUUUUCAUUAUUUAUUUCUAUGUAUUGGUAACUUUUUGAAGGUUUUUUGUUGUAAUAAUUUUUAGUGUCUUUGAAAUAUCUCUUUUUACAUUACUUCAGUGGAUGUUGAUUGAUAUUGCUAUGACAAUUAAGACUGCCAGAAGCAAAUUUUCUGAAAUUCAGUAGUAUACUCUUAUCAAAUGGCUUGUCAGUCAAGUGUUAGAACCAUUGCAAGAGGUCUGACAGGCAAUCCAUUCAAGUCAUUUUAAUCCAUAAAAUGUAGAAUCAACAAAUUCAUGUAUCCACUGUUUUGGCAGAAAGCAUGGAAUUUAAUGCCAAAGAAUUGAAAUAAUGUCACAAAACAACAUUUUAUUUUCAUUUGAAGAUAAAUUGUAUGUUGUUUUCCUUUGAAAUGCUGUUUUUAGUAAAGACUCAUUUGUUACUGUUUGCAAGCAUAAGUUACAUGUAAGAGAAAUAAUGUGCCAAAUUUUAUAUAAUUUGCUUAACCUUUAGCCUGCUGGCAGCAAAUGAUUUUGCCUUUGUGACCAGUGCAGACCAAGAUCAUCCUACACUGUUCACUAUUCAGCCAGUAAAUUUUCAGUGAAAACCCCUUCAAAUAAUAAGAGGUACUGCCCAAAUUUAAUGAUAGACAAGUUCAUUUUCCAAAUUUAGCAGGGUAAAGGUUAAUGCUGUUGACCCAUAAUAACAAUUGUCAAUUUCUGUUCGAUUAAUACUCUCCAUAUGCUCUCAGUAUGCUUGUAUGGCCUACAGCACAAGAAUGUUUAAAUAAUAUCCAACAUGUUAUAGCAUGUAAAUUGUCAGUUGUCUUUAUGGGUUGUCUACCUUUACUGCAUUAUGAAAGGAGUUGAGAUUUUGUAUGCAUGUGUGCCCUUGUAGAAAUGAAAAAAAAAAAUCAAGCAGGCAUCAUGUAAUGUAUGCUACUGGAUUUUCAGUUCACUUAUUUUGUAUUGCACACUGAAACUGCUUGGUGUCCAAGAAAAAGGUUAAACUGUUCUUGCUUCUCAGUGUCAGUUUAAAUAUAUGUAACUUAUUCGAGACCUAGACAAGUUAGGUUGGUUCCAUUUUCAGUUGUACAUGAAGUAUAUUUUAUCUUGAAUAUUAACUACAUUGUACUCAGAAGCUGACUGAAAUAUGACAAAAAAAAAAACACUUUAUAUUCUCGCACCUUGUGCAUUUUGUAUAUGUUGUAGGUGUAAACUAUUUAAAUUGAUAAGGUAUUUUUACAAGGGCACUGUCUGUGCAGUAUAGCAUCUCCAUAUAUAGCUGAUGUUGUUGCCGACAUACUCAUCUUACAUCAUUAUGAUGCAGUGAUUAUGUAUAUCAGGGUUAUUUACACUGCCUUUUUAUAUGGCCUAGAUGGUAAUAUAAAUUGUUUUGUAAUUACUAGGCGCUAGUUGGUUUUAUAAUUACUAGGCACUGUGACCAUGUCAAUGUUGCUAGGCACUGUGACUAUGCCAAUGUUGCUAGGCACUGUGACUAUGCCAAUGUUGCUAGGGGCUGUAACCAUGUCAGUGUUGCUAGGCACUCUGACAAUGUCAUUGUUGCUAGGCACUGUAACCAUGUCAGUGUUGCUAGGCACAGUGACAAUGUCAUUGUUGCAAGACACUGUGAACAUGUCGAUUUUGCUAGAAACUGUGACAAUGUUAUUGUUGCUAGGCACUGGCAAUAUUAUUGUUGCUAGGCACUGUGACCAAGGCAAUGUUGCUUGGCAUUGUAACAAUGUUACUAGGCACUAUGACCAUGUCGAUGUUGCUAGGCUGUGUGACCAUGUCAAUAAUGUGUUUGAUUCCUUGUCCUGACAUUUUUAAAUUUGUUUUUUUUAUACAUGCUGCCUGUGUCAGUGACAAUCUUGUUAGUAAAUUUUUAGAAUUGUUCAUCCAUAAUGACAGCUUUUACAUAACACCUGCAGUAAAGGACCAGUUUCGUAUGUGUGUAUUUGUUUGUUUUACCUAUUUGGGGUUUGUUUUGGUAAUCUAAAUAUGGUAUUGUAAAAAACUGAGCUGAUGAGAUUGUUGUUUUGUGUUUUGCUAUUUUUUUUUCUCUGUAUAUAGAUUUAUUUAAUGUGAUUUCUAAUAUUUCAAAGAGAUUGAUAUAUUGAAUUUAGUAUGAAAUUUGAAAUGUGUGUGGAUACACUUUUAUAAAUGUUAGGAUAAAUGCUGGGGUUUUUUUUAGUCCUUGCAUUAUAAAAGUUUAGUUGCUGUGAAUAUUUUAAUAUAGGUUUUAUUCUUGGCUCUUGAUUAAAUAAUUUGUUCUCGAUAAAAUCUAGGAAGAUACUUUGGAAGCAAAGAAUACAGCCAGGCAAAAAAAUAACACAAGGCUUUGACUGAAGUCUGUUCAUUAGAGGUAAUGAAACACUUAACAUAGAACAAAACGGAAAAAAUAAAGAAUGGAUGUAGACGGUCUGAGAGUGUUAUCAUAGUAUUAUAGUUUUAUUAUAGCUUUAGGUACUACUUUGUUGUUAUAGUUUUUGUUCACUUUUGAUGUUGUUUUUAUGACAGUGAUUUUAUAUGACGUAUUAUUAAGUGACAGGUAUCAGCAUUAAGUGUACAUAAUUAUCAAAAUAUUUAACAUGAAUACACGUAAUUUAGAAGGGUUAAAAUUGUUAUUCUAUAUAUCUUUUAUUCAAGAAACGUGGUGAUAAUCAGAAUUUUAACAAAAUAAACUUACAGCAGUGUAUAUCAGAUAUCAAAAAUCUGUUUUGAGUAAGGUGACUUUUUAAAAGCAAGACAAUUGACAUUUUUAUGCCCCCGAAGGGAGGCAUAUAGUUUUUGAACCGUCUGUCGGUCUGUCAGUCUGUCGGUCUGUCCGCAAUUUUCGUGUCCGGUCCAUAUCUUUGUCAUCGAUGGAUGGAUUUUCAAAUAACUUGGCAUGAAUGUGUACCACAGUAAGACGACGUGCAGUGCGCAAGACCCAGGUCCGUAGCUCAAAGGUCAAGGUCACACUUAGACGUUAAAGGAUAGUGCAUUGAUGGGCGUGUCCAGUCCAUAUCUUUGUCAUCGAUGGAUGGAUUUUCAAAUAACUUAACAUGAAUGUGUACCACAGUAAGACGACGUGCAGUGCGCAAGACCCAGGUCCGUAGCUCAAAGGUCAAGGUCACACUUAGACGUUAAAGGAUAGUGCAUUGAUGGGCGUGUCCGGUCCAUAUCUUUGUCAUCGAUGGAUGGAUUUUCAAAUAACUUGGCAUGAAUGUGUACCACAGUAAGACGACAUGCAGUGCGCAAGACCCAGGUCGGUAGCUCAAAGGUCAAGGUCACACUUAGACGUUAAAGAUCAUUUUUCAUGAUAGUGCAUUGAUGGGCAUGUCCGGUCCUUAUCUUUGUCAUUCAUGCAUGGAUUUUAAAAUAACUAUGCAUGAAUGUGUGACACAGUAAGACGAUGUGUCGCGCGCAAGACCCAGCUCUGUAGGUCAAAGGUCCUAAACUCUAACAUUGGCCAUAACUAUUCAUUCAAAGUGCCAUCGGGGGCAUGUGUCAUCCUACGGAGACAGCUCUUGUUCUUUUUAACAUUACUCUUCUGAUGUACAUUAUGCUUCUGUUUUACAUUAUACUUUUGGGUGAAGCUUUUUUAGAAAUUUGGGUUUUUUAUGUAGAUGCGAUGCCUUUUUAGCUCACCUGAGCAAUGCUCAGGUGAGUUUUUCUGAUCACUCGAUGUCCGGCGUCUGUCUGUCUGUCUGUCAUCUGUCGUCUGUCAACAUUUAGCUGUGUAUGCGAUAGAGGCUGUAUUUUUCAAUUAAUCUUCAUGAAUAUUGGUCAGAAUGAUAACCUUGAUGAAAUCUAGGCCGAGUUCGAAAAUGGGUCAUCUGGGAUCAAAAACUAGGUCACAAGGUCAAAUCAAAGAAAAACCUUGUGUAUGCGCUAGAGGCUGUAUUUUUCAAUUGAUCUUCAUGAAUAUUGGUCAGAAUGAUUGCCUUGAUGAAAUCUAGGCCGAGUUUGAAAAUGGGUCAUCUCAGGUCAAAAACUAGGUCACUAGGCCAAAUCAAAGAAAAACCUUGUGUAUGCGAUAGAGGCGGUAUUUUUCAAUUGAUCUUCAUGAAUUUUGGUCAGAAUGAUUACCUUGAUGAAAUCUAGGUCGAGUUUGAACAUGGGUCAUCUAGGGUCAAAAACUAGGUCAUAUCUUGAUGAAAAACCUUGUGUAUGCGAUAGAGGCGGUAUUUUUCAAUUAAUCUUCAUGAAUAUUGGUCAGAAUGAUAACCUUGAUGAAAUCUAAGCCGAGUUCCAAAAUGGGUCAUCUCGGGUCAAAAACUAGGUCACUAGGUCAAAUCAAAGAAAAACCUUGUGUAUGUGAUAGAGGCUGUAUUUUUCAAUUAUUCUUCUUGAAUAUUGGUCUGAGUGAUAACCUUGAUGAAAUCUAGGCCGAGUUCGAAAAUGGUUCAUCUCGGGUAAAAAACUAGGUCACUAGGUCAAAUCAAAGAAAAACCUUGUGUAUGCGAUAGAGGCUGUAUUUUUCAAUUGAUCUUCAUGAAUAUUGGUCAGAAUGAUUGCCUUGCUGAAAUCUAGGCCGAGUUUGAAAAUGGGUCAUCUCGGGUCAAAAACUAGGUCACUAGGCCAAAUCAAAGAAAAACCUUGUGUAUGCGAUAGAGGCUGUAUUUUUCAGUUGAUCUUCAUGAAUUUUGGUCAGAAUGAUUACCUUGAUGAAAUCUAGGCCGAGUUUGAAGAUGGGUCAUCUGGGGUCAAGAACUAGGUCACUAGGUCAAAUCAAGGAAAAACCUUGUGUAUGUGCACGAGGCUGUAUUUUUCAAUUGAUCUUCAUGAAUUUUGGUCAGAAUGAUUACUUUGAUGAAAUUUAGACCAAAUUCGAAAAUGGGUCAUCUGGGGUCAAAAACUAGGUCACUUGAUCUUCAUGAAAUUUAGCCAGAAUGAUAACCUUGAUGAAAUCUAGGCCGAGUUCGAAAAUGGGUCAUCUGGGAUCAAAAACUAGGUCACUAGGUCAAAUCAAAGAAAAACCUUGUGUAUGCGCUAGAGGCUGUAUUUUUCAAUUGAUCUUCAUGAAUAUUGGUCAGAAUGAUUGCCUUGAUGAAAUCUAGGCCGAGUUUGAAAAUGGGUCAUCUCAGGUCAAAAACUAGGUCACUAGGCCAAAUCAAAGAAAAACCUUGUGUAUGCGAUAGAGGCGGUAUUUUUCAAUUGAUCUUCAUGAAUUUUGGUCAGAAUGAUUACCUUGAUGAAAUCUAGGUCGAGUUUGAACAUGGGUCAUCUAGGGUCAAAAACUAGGUCAUAUCUUGAUGAAAAACCUUGUGUAUGCGAUAGAGGCGGUAUUUUUCAAUUAAUCUUCAUGAAUAUUGGUCAGAAUGAUAACCUUGAUGAAAUCUAAGCCGAGUUCCAAAAUGGUCAUCUCGGGUCAAAAACUAGGUCACUAGGUCAAAUCAAUGAAAAACCUUGUGUAUGUGAUAGAGGCUGUAUUUUUCAAUUAUUCUUCUUGAAAUUGGUCAGAAUGAUAACCUUGAUGAAAUCUAGGCCGAGUUCAAAAAUGGGUCAUCUCGGGUAAAAAACUAGGUCACUAGGUCAAAUCAAAGAAAAACCUUGUGUAUGCGCUAGAGGCUGUAUUUUUCAAUUGAUCUUCAUGAAUAUUGGUCAGAAUGAUUGCCUUGAUGAAAUCUAGGCCGAGUUUGAAAAUGGGUCAUCUCGGGUCAAAAACUAGGUCACUAGGCCAAAUCAAAGAAAAACCUUGUGUAUGCGAUAGAGGCUGUAUUUUUCAGUUGAUCUUCAUGAAUUUUGGUCAGAAUGAUUACCUUGAUGAAAUCUAGGCUGAGUUUGAAAAUGGGUCAUCUGGGGUCAAAAACUAGGUCACUAGGUCAAAUCAAGGAAAAACCUUGUGUAUGCGAUCGAGGCUGUAUUUUUCAAUUGAUCUUCAUGAAUUUUGGUCAGAAUGAUUACCUUGAUGAAAUUUAGACCAAAUUCGAAAAUGGGUCAUCUGGGGUCAAAAACUAGGUCACUUGAUCUUCAUGAAAUUUAGCCAGAAUGAUAACCUUGAUGAAAUCUAGGCCGAGUUCGAAAAUGGGUCAUCUGGGAUCAAAAACUAGGUCACUAGGUCAAAUCAAAGAAAAACCUUGUGUAUGCGCUAGAGGCUGUAUUUUUCAAUUGAUCUUCAUGAAUAUUGGUCAGAAUGAUUGCCUUGAUGAAAUCUAGGCCGAGUUUGAAAAUGGGUCAUCUCAGGUCAAAAACUAGGUCACUAGGCCAAAUCAAAGAAAAACCUUGCGUAUGCGAUAGAGGCGGUAUUUUUCAAUUGAUCUUCAUGAAUUUUGGUCAGAAUGAUUACCUUGAUGAAAUCUAGGUCGAGUUUGAACAUGGGUCAUCUAGGGUCAAAAACUAGGUCAUAUCUUGAUGAAAAACCUUGUGUAUGCGAUAGAGGCGGUAUUUUUCAAUUAAUCUUCAUGAAUAUUGGUCAGAAUGAUAACCUUGAUGAAAUCUAAGCCGAGUUCCAAAAUGGGUCAUCUCGGGUCAAAAACUAGGUCACUAGGUCAAAUCAAAGAAAAACCUUGUGUAUGUGAUAGAGGCUGUAUUUUUCAAUUAUUCUUCUUGAAUAUUGGUCAGAAUGAUAACCUUGAUGAAAUCUAGGCCGAGUUCAAAAAUGGGUCAUCUCGGGUAAAAAACUAGGUCACUAGGUCAAAUCAAAGAAAAACCUUGUGUAUGCGCUAGAGGCUGUAUUUUUCAAUUGAUCUUCAUGAAUAUUGGUCAGAAUGAUUGCCUUGAUGAAAUCUAGGCCGAGUUUGAAAAUGGGUCAUCUCGGGUCAAAAACUAGGUCACUAGGCCAAAUCAAAGAAAAACCUUGUGUAUGCGAUAGAGGCGGUAUUUUUCAGUUGAUCUUCAUGAAUUUUGGUCAGAAUGAUUACCUUGAUGAAAUCUAGGCCGAGUUUGAAAAUGGGUCAUCUGGGGUCAAAAACUAGGUCACUAGGUCAAAUCAAGGAAAAACCUUGUGUAUGCGAUGGAGGCUGUAUUUUUUAAUUGAUCUUCAUGAAUUUUGGUCAGAAUGAUUACCUUGAUGAAAUUUAGACCAAAUUCGAAAAUGGGUCAUCUGGGGUCAAAAACUAGGUCACUUGAUCUUCAUGAAAUUUAGCCAGAAUGAAGAAAAACAUUGUGUAUGCAAUAGAGGAUGUAUUUUUCAAUUGAUCUUCAUGAAAUUUGGUCUGAGUGAUUGCCUUGAUGAAAUCUAGGUCGAGUUUGAAUAUGGGUUAUCUGAGGUCAAAAACUAGGUCACUAGGUCAAAUUAAAGAAAAAUCUUGUGUAUGCGAUAGAGACUGUUUUUUUCAAUUGAUUUUUAUGAAAUUUGGUCAGGAUGAUUGCCUUGAUGAAAUCUAGGUCGAAUUUGAAUGUGGGUCAUCUGAGGUCAAAAACUAGGUCACUUGGUCAAAUCAAAGAAAAAACUUGUGUAUGUGAUAGAGGCUGUAUUUUUCAAUUGAUCUUCGUGAAUUUUGGUCAGAAUGAUUGCCUUGAUAAAAUCUAGGUCGAGUUUGAACAUGGGUCAUCUAGGGUCAAAAACUAGGUCAUAUCUAAGAAAAUGCUUGUUUUAUCGCAAGAGACCAAUUUUUUGGUCCAAUCUUAAUGAAAAUUGGUCGGAAUAUUUGUUUCCAUGAAAUCACUAGGUCAAACAUGUUUUACACUGUUAUGGUGUGUUUCUUAGGACCACAAUGGAAAUAAGAGACAUCUUUGUCCCUUUUUUGUGUUAUCCUUUGUGUAUAAUGUAGUUGGCAUGGCAAUAUGGCAUUAUAUUCAAUUCAUUUAUGUUCUUUUACAUAUAUGUUUGAUAUCUAUUUUACCAUGUUUUGUACACAUUUUAUGCAGAAAUAAAUCUAUCUAUCUAUCUUAGGUGAGCGACCUAGGGCCAUCUUGGCCCUCUUGUUUUAAAUAGAAUUUCUUUUGAUUCACAUAAAUUUGAAAGUUCAGCUUAAUGGUUAUUUUAAAUCAAUAUCCAUGUCUUUUAGUUCAUUUGUAUGAUGUACAUGUUUAUAUAAUAUAAUAGCGUGAAUGCUUCUGUGUAUGUAAGGAAUUGGACUAUUUUUUCAGAAAUGGUUAUCAGUUUUUCUAUAUACAGUAAAACCUGCGUUAGUGGUCACCUCUAUUAAGCAGCCAACCUGUCUUAAGCAGCCAAUGUCUCAUUUCCCAACAUUGUCAUUCAAUUUAUAAAUUACCUGCAUUAAGCAGUCAGCCACUUUUUCCCACUCACUAAUAGUGGCUGGCUGCUUAAGACAGGUUUUACUGUAGCUUGAAUACUUGUAUGUAUGUAAGGAAUUAGUCAGUUUUUUUUUCAGAAAUUGUUAUCUUUUCUAUAUAUGUGCAUUAACUACUUUAGUCGUGUCAGAAGGAAAUAUCUUUUUAUAACUAGAUGUAUUUCUACUGAUUGUUGUUUUCUUUUAGAUCUGCCAUAAAUUAUAUAUUUAUACAUAUUUAUUUAUUCUCAGUAUUUUUAAUAUGUAAUGCUAAAUGUGUAAAACACUGUUAUAACUCAGUUAUUUUAUAAAGCUUUUUUCUUUAUAAUGAAAUGCAUUAGAGCAAUUGUUUUAUUUAUUAAUUUGGGAACUGAAAAAUGACGUAAUGCAUGUUAAAAAAAGAAGUUUUAAUUAUUUUCAGUUCAGCAUUUCUUGUUUGCCUCGAUUUUUUCUCAAGAAAAAAAUUCUAAACUAGAUUUGCAUGUGUAAAAUUCAACUGCAAUAGAGUUUCAUGAUAUAUGAAAGAAUGGUCUGAUUUAGCAUUACAACUGUAGCAUAAUAUUCUUAGUUAUUGAUUAGUAUAUACAUUGUAUCCAAGUAUAUGUGAAGGCUGUGGCGUUAAAAUCAACAUUAGGGCUUUGGGACCAGCAUGGAUCGAGAUCAGCGGAUACCCAUAUUGUUAGUUUAUCCCCACAUCCAUACUGUUAAUUUAUCAAUUUCAGCACUUGUAUGUUAUAGAUAAGCAAACAGUAUGUAGACUGGACUGUACGGAUGUACAGGCUGAUCUGGAUACAUACUGGUAGCAAUUAAAGCUCUAGUUUGGUUUACGCUAAACAGUGCUCAUAUAUACAGCAACUCUACCUUAGUGGUCACAUGUAUUAUUAUAUAAAGCAGCAAGUUAGCAAACUUCCUAAACUAUGUCAGCCUAAUUAAGCAACCACCUGUCAUAAGCAGCUAUGUUGUAUUGCUCCUAUGUCUGGCUGGGUAAGACAGAUUUGACUGUAAUUAAUCUAAGCCUUUCAUUCAAAUUAUCUGGGAAGAUCUUCUUACAUAGUUUUCUGAAUUUGCUCAUGUGUUGACAAUUAAUUUCAAACCACAUGGCUUAGUUUUGGCACUAUUUUUGUCACAAAACACUUGUUUAACUUAAUAAGAAACAAUGUAAUAAACUUUUUAAGUCUUGACACUUUUUUUGUUGAAAAUUUUAAAUAGCAGAUUUUUUUCUGCUGGUGCAGAAAUCACAUAUCUGUAUAAUUAGCACCUUCACCGUUAACAUUCUAAUAUUAUAUGUACCGGUAUCUCAAAAUUUUGACAAAGUAAAUUAAUACAGAUAUUAAGUGCCUUUUCUAAUUCUAAGUAGAUUAAGAGUGGUAAAUCAUGACAUAACAGCAGUUAAAUUUCAUUUUUGCUGAACUUGCUAUUUUUUAUUGGUACAUGUGUAGUGCGAACUUGAAAGAAUUUUCAUCAAAUGGUUUUUGUCAUAUUAUCUACAACAAUUUUCUUAGGCCAUGAUUAAAUCAUGAUUUAAGUAUCUUAACAUUUUAAUUUGCCUCCCUUAUUUUGUCAUGACUGCUAUCCGCAGAAUUUUUUGUAAACAGUACAAUAUUUCAUUGUUUCAUCUCAUUACCAGUGGAUAUAUUCUCAAACUUGCAAGAUAUUUAUGUCUCCCACCACACAUUGGUGUGGGAGACAUAUUGAUUUACUUCUGUCUGUUUGUCUGUCUGUCACAAAUCUUGUCCGCACUCUAAGUGGAACAUUUCUCAUCCGAUCUUCACUAAACUGGGACAAAAUGUGUUUGCCACUAAGUCCUUGGCCCAGUUUGAUUAUUAUUAAACUAGCCAAAUCGGCUCAGGAACUUCGGAAUUAUGGCCGUUGAACAUAAUUACCGAUAGGCCGGUUACUCCAACAUGUGAAUUACCAAUAGGCAGCUUACUCCAACACGAAAACAGUAUAUAAAGACAGACUUGCUAUUAGAUGAUUAGGCAAAAACGUGGGAGACAUGCGCUUUUCUCAAAAGCACCUCUAGUGCAAAUAUGUUUUUGAUCUCUUCAUACAGGUUUUAUGUUUAUUUCAGCAAAUUUCCAUAAACCCAUACAUAUUACCCAUACCUGUUUAAUCAGACAUUUUUCAAAUUAUUUUAAGUCACUUCAGCUUAAAGACAUGAUGAUUUUUUUUCUGUCCAUCU